UACUAUACCUUCAAACGUUUAAGCGAUGCGUAAAUGCUGUCAUGGCUGACUUUAAGAAAACUAAAUCUCGAAAUAUUAGAAAAAGACGUAAAUCUUCAGAAAGCGACUCUGAUUCGUGUGAAGAAGAUUCUGUUGGCACAAAAAUCCAGGAUAUAAAAGAACUACAGAAAUUGAGAAACAAACAGAAUGGAGUUAAUGCUACAGCUCUGGCACUGGGAAAGAAAAUUUCUAAGGAACAAGCUCUCUCAAAUAGUGACCCAUUCAAACUGGAGACUGGUGGCAUGGUUGAUAUGAAGGCAUUGAAGAAAAAGAAACUAUCAACAGAAGAAGUAGAAGCCAUUGGUACAGCUUUUGCAGCUGAAACAAACAGAAGAGAUGAAGACACAGAAAUGUUGAAGUAUGUAGAGGUGGAGUUAGCAAGGAGGAAAGGUCACCACAAGGAAGAGACACCAGUAAAAGGGCCCUCAAAAGAAGAUGCUUUGUACAGUUUACCUGAAAAUCUCAAAGUUGGAUCAUCGAGCAAAAAGACAGAAGACAUGUUGUCAAAUCAAAUGCUCUCAGGAAUACCUGAAAUUGACCUUGGUAUAGAGGCCAAGAUAGCCAACAUUGAAACAACAGAGAUAGCCAAGCAGAAACUUCUGAUAGAGAACAUGAGGAAGAAAGAGCAUGAAGUCUCAGCCUUUGUCCCAACAAACAUGGCUGCCAAUUUUGUUCAGCACAACAGAUUCAACAUUGAGGACACAGCUCCAAUACUGAAAAAGCCUGAGGAGGCCCCCAAACCAGAACCUGUCAGGGUAGGGGAUGUGGACAAAUUAAAGAAAGUUGAAAAGGGCUCCAAAGGAACAGAGAAAGCCACAGAUGACUUUCACUACGAGAAAUUCAAGAAACAAAUGAGACGGUACUGAGAAUCUACACAAAUCUGAGAUGUUCAUAAUCAUCAGCCAUCUCACAGAGUGAAAGAGAACUAAGUUUAUUGUCUUCUGUCCAUAGUUUCUGUUUAAAUCUUGUAAUUGAAGGCAGAAAUUCAGCCAGCAGUGAUGGACUGUUUGGAGGACUUGUGAAGUUCCAUUUUUGUUAUUUUAUUGUCAUAUGUAUAUAUCUCAAAUAAAUCAACAACAUUUCCCCCCCCCCCCCCCCCCCCCCCCCCCGAUUUUGUACAUAAUUGUUACUGAUGCAAUCUGAAAUGUAGAAUAUUAUACUGA